GCGCGCCUUCAACGUGGCGCUGAACUCCUGUGCGAGGGCUUCGGAGCGCAAGGCAGCCUUGGCGCUCCUUCGGCAGAUGCCAUCUCCAGAUACCGUGAGCUACAACUCAGCCUUGGCCGCGUGCGCGGGCACUGACGGGUGGACUGAGGCUCUUGCAUUGCUUGAUGAACUGGACCAGAGAGCGGAUCUCAUCAGCUACAAUGCAGCUUUGGCCGCCUGUGAG